AUGGAGGAAAAGCAGACGAAUUUCACGUUUGAGAUAGAUAACUUCUUCGACAAGGAAGCUGUGAUAUCUUCACCAACAUUCUCAAGCGGUGGCUGCGAAUGGUUUGUCAAGGUUUUUCCCAAAGGAGAUCUUGUUGAUGAUCACAUGUCUCUGUACCUAUGUGUUGCGAAUCCUGAAUCACUGAGACGUGGAUGGAAAAGACGAGCUAUUUAUUCUUUGGUUCUGUUGAAUCAAUCAUGCAAAGAUCUUUUUAGAAAAGAUGUUGAAGUUGUUGAUGAAGGAGAUCCAACUGAGAACGAGAAGUUUGUUUAUUAUGGUUUCCAAAUUCUUUAUUCUCAGGUUAUAUCAGUGGCUAGGCUGUUCGUGAAGCACCCGGACGUUGCAGUAAAUUUCAGACUCUCGAACCAGUUAGUGAAGACAACAUACAUGAAUAUCCUCCUUGGUCUUAUCGAGACACUGAACAAGCCUCCACUUAGCAUCUCCAAGACUGCCCUAAGCAACGCUCGCAGUGAGCUGAUCGAGCUAACAGAAGCAGGAUUCAAGCUAGACUGGAUGAAGAUACAAAGCUUGAGCAAGUGUCCUUGGAGAGGAGGAAAGAAAAUGGUGAUGUGUCUCGAGUCGAAGAACUCAAGGAACAGAUCAAGAAUCGCAUCUUUGAACUGA